GCCAAAUUCAAACUUGCCGCCAUUUUGGGCGCGAAUCCCGGCGCAGCGAGAACCGGAGAAGCGGGUUCAGCGGCCGUGCGCCUCGCCAUUCCGCGACCAGGGCGCUAUGGCCCCGGGCUCCAAAACUGAUUUACGCAAUGGGACAAAUUCUCAGUCUAACCAGUCAAGUAAUGAAGGUGAUGCUAUCAAAGUUUUUGUGCGAAUUCGCCCACCUGCAGAAGGCACUAAAUCAGCUGAUGGGGAACAGAGCUUGUGCUUAUCUGUGCUCUCCCACACCACUGUCCGGUUGCAUUCCAAGCCAGACCCCAAGACCUUCAUGUUUGAUUAUGUCGCGGACAUGGACACCACUCAGGAGUCUGUAUUCUCAACUGUGGCGAAAAGCAUUGUGGAGUCUUGCAUGAGUGGUUAUAAUGGGACCAUCUUUGCAUAUGGGCAGACUGGCUCAGGAAAGACUUUUACUAUGAUGGGACCAUCUGACUCCGAUAAUUUUUCUCAUAACUUGAGAGGAGUAAUCCCACGAAGUUUUGAAUAUUUGUUUUCCUUAAUCAAUCGUGAAAAGGAGAAGGCUAGAGCUGGAAAGAGUUUCCUCUGUAAGUGUUCUUUUAUCGAGGUCUACAAUGAGCAGAUAUAUGACCUGCUAGACUCAGCCUCCUCAGGACUGUACUUACGGGAGCACAUCAAGAAGGGAGUCUUUGUUGUUGGUGCAGUGGAGCAGGUGGUGACCUCAGCUGCUGAAGCCUAUCAGGUGUUGUCGGGAGGGUGGAGGAACAGACGAGUGGCAUCGACAUCUAUGAACAGAGAAUCUUCUAGAUCUCACGCAGUCUUUACAAUCAUAAUAGAAUCGAUGGAGAAAAGCAAUGAAACUGUGAAUAUACGGACCUCCCUACUCAACCUAGUAGAUUUAGCAGGAUCUGAAAGGCAAAAAGAUACCCAUGCAGAAGGAAUGAGGUUGAAGGAAGCAGGUAACAUAAACCGAUCAUUAAGUUGCCUGGGCCAAGUGAUUACUGCACUUGUCGAUGUGGGUAACGGCAAACAGAGGCAUGUCUGCUACAGAGACUCCAAACUCACCUUCUUAUUGCGGGACUCUCUUGGGGGUAAUGCUAAGACAGCUAUAAUUGCCAAUGUUCAUCCUGGAUCCAGGUGUUUUGGAGAAACACUGUCAACACUUAAUUUUGCCCAAAGAGCCAAGCUGAUUAAAAACAAGGCGGUGGUGAAUGAAGACACCCAGGGAAAUGUGAACCAGCUGCAAGCUGAAGUUAAGAGGCUCAGAGAACAACUGGCCCUACUUACUUCCGAGCAGAUAAUACCAGAAAGUUUACUUUCCAGAGACAAAGAGAAGACUGAUUACAUGGAAUAUUUCCUGGAAGCAAUGUUAUUCUUUAAGAAAUCUGAACAGGAAAAGAAGUCUCUGGUAGAAAAAAUUACUCAAUUAGAAGACCUCACCCUCAAAAAGGAAAAAUUUAUUCAGUCGAAUAAAAUGAUUGUGAAAUUUCGAGAGGACCAAAUCAUGCGCCUCGAGAAGCUCCAGAAAGAGUCACGGGGAAGCUUUCUGCCUGAGGAGCAGGACCGACUGCUCUCCGAACUGAGGGAUGAGAUUCAGACGCUGCGGGAGCAAGUAGAGCACCACCCCAGAGUUGCAAAGUAUGCUAUGGAAAAUCAUUCUCUCAGGGAAGAGAAUAGAAGAUUAAGAUUAUUAGAGCCUGUGAAAAGAGCCCAAGAAAUGGAUGUCCAGUCUAUUGCAAGACUAGAAAAAGCUUUCUCUGAAGUGUCUGGCAAAGAAAAAUAUGACAAAGGUCAGCAAGGAUUUUCUCCCAAGGCUCCAAAAGAAUCAUGCUCCUUUACAAACACUGAGAAGUUAAAAGCUCAGCUCCUGCAAAUUCAGACGGAACUGAAUAAUUCAAAGCAAGAAUAUGAAGAAUUCAAAGAACUAACUCGGAAAAAGCAGGUCGAAUUGGAAUCAGAAGUUCAGUCUUUACAAAAAGCAAAUUUGAAUCUUGAAAACCUUUUGGAAGCAACAAAAGUCUGCAAACGCCAAGAAGUUUCUCAACUGAAUAAAAUACAUGCAGAAACACUUAAGAUUAUAACCACACCAACCAAGUCUUAUCAGCUCCAUUCUCGAAUGGUACCAACGUUGAGCCUCGAAAUGGGGAGCUUUGGCUCGCCAUACACUCCAAAUUGUAGCAGAUUAGAUAAUGAUAUAUUAAAUGAGCCAGUUCCGCCAGAGAUGAGUGAACAAGCUUUUGAGGCCAUUUCUGAAGAGCUUCAAACAGUACAGGAACAAAUGAGUGUUCUUCAAAUUAAGUUGGAUGAAGAAGAACGUAAGAAUCUGAAGCUUCAACAGCAUGUUGACAAACUGGAGCACCAUUCUACACAACUGCAGGAGCUUUUCUCAUCAGAAAGAAGUGAUUGGGCCAAACAGCAGCAAGACCAUCUCUCACAAUUGCAUGUCCUCGAAAAGCAGCUUCAAGACACUCAGACUAAGAAUGACUUUUUGAAAAGUGAGGUGCAUGACCUUCGAGUAGUUCUUUAUUCUGCUGACAAGGAGCUUUCUUUGGCGAAAUUGGAGUAUAGUACAUUCAAAGAGAGUCAGGAGAAAGAGCUAAGCCAGCUUUCUGAAAGACACAUGCACGCUCAGCUUCAGCUAGACAACAUCAGAUUAGAAAAUGAAAAGCUUCUUGAGAGUCACACUUGCCUCCAGGAUUCUUAUGAUCACUUACAAGAAGUAAUGAAGUUUGAAAUCGACCAACUUUCAAAAAGCCUUCAAAACUGCAAACAAGAAAAUGAUACUCUGAAAUCUGAUCUCAAUAAUUUGAUGGAGCUUUUUGAGGCAGAGAAAGAACGCAAUAGCAGAUUAUCAUUACAGUUUGAAGAAGACAAAGAAAGCAGCUCUAAAGAAAUCUUAAAACUUCUUGAAGCUGUGCGUCAAGAGAAACAGAAAGAGAUGGCCAAAUGUGAGCAGCAGAUGGCCCAAGUACAGAAACUAGAAGAGAGCUUGCUUGCUACUGAAAAUAUGAUUAGUUCUCUGGAAAAGUCUAGAGAUUCUGAUAAGGAACUUGUAGCUAACCUCAUGAGCCAGAUUCAGGAGCUGAGGACAUCAGCUGGUGAAAAGGCAGAAGUGAUAGACAACCUGAGACAAGAACUGCAGGACUUAAAUAGCAAAUACAGUGCUGCUUUGGCUGACAAAGAAGAGAGCCAAGUGUUGAUCAAGAAGCAGGAAGUGGACAUCGUGGACUUAAAAGAAACCCUUAGGCUAAGAAUACUCUCUGAGGACAUCGAGAGGGAUAUGCUAUGUGAAGAUCUAGCCCAUGCCACUGAGCAGCUGAACAUGCUCACAGAGGCCUCUAAAAAGCACUCAGGGUUGCUACAGUCUGCGCAGGAAGAGUUGACCAAGAAGGAGGCCCUGAUCCAGGAACUUCAGCACAAGCUAAACCAAGAGAAAGAAGAAAUAGAACAGAAGAAGAAUGAAUAUAAUUUCAAAAUGAGGCAACUAGAACAGGUGAUGGAUUCUGCUGCUGAAUAUCCACAGAGUCCUAAAACACCACCUCAAUUUCAAGCACAUUUGGCAAAAUUCCUGGAAUCCCAAGAACAAGAGAUAGAAGAUGGAAGAGCCUCUAAGACUUCUUUGCAACACCUUGUAACAAAGCUAAAUGAAGACCGAGAAGCCAAAAAUGCUGAAAUCCUCAGAAUGAAGGAGCAGCUGUGUGAAAUGGAAAACCUGCGCCUGGAGUCUCAGCAGUUGAAAGAGAAAAACUGGCUCCUACAAAGUCAACUGGAUGACAUUAAAAGACAAAAGGACAACAGUGAUCAGAAUCAUCCAGACAAUCAACAGCUGAAGAAUGAGCAAGAAGAAGAAAUUAUCAAAGAAAGACAUGCUAAAAGUAAACUUACUGAAGAGAUGCUGAAAGUGAAAACAGAUCUAGAAAAAGUCCAAAGUGCCCUUCACAGCAAGGAGAUGGACUGCCACAGAAUGGCUGAGGAACUUGAACGAACCAGAACUUUGGAGUCCAAAGCAUUCCAAGAAAAGGAGCAACUGAGAUCAAAACUGGAAGAAAUGUAUGAAGAAAAAGAGAGGACAUUUCAGGAAAUGGAAAUGUUGAGGAAGCAGCUGGAGUAUCUUGCUGAGGAAAAUGGAAAGUUGAUAGGUCAUCAAAACCUACACCAGAAGAUUCAGUAUGUGGUGCGACUAAAGAAGGAGAAUAUCCGGCUUACAGAGGAAACAGAAAAGUUGCGUGCUGAAAAUGUUAUUUUGAAAGAAAAGAAAAAGAAUGACACCUAGAUGCUGACCAGCUCCCUAGGCAUCACCUUCUUUGGAAAUUCUUAAAAAGUGGAAUGUACUCUUGCCCACUCGGUGGAGCUGAACUUAAGGACCUUAGUUAUGAAUUAUGGUGGGCAUUGACCCUGGAGUUUCUGAUGGAUGGUCUUUCUGUAUAUGUGAUGGUGUGUGGUUAAGUAGCUAAUACUCCAUUUCAAGUUUCAGGUCAUUUGUGAGUUCAGAAAGAACCUUUUUCCCUCUUUAAAAUAAAAACCUGUAGCUAAGGUCCACAGUGAAUGUCAUUUGGAUCCUUUUCUUUUUCAAUAAUCUCCUAUGAUGGACUUAUUGUGUUGGAUAGCUAAUUUUGUAGCAAACUUGUUUAUACAAUUUGUAUUGUUUUAAAUGUUGUCUAGUAUUUUCUAUGUCCAUUUUUCAAAUCUUUUUUAAAAAAUACACAGUUUUAACAAAA